UGUCAAUUGUCAAAACAAAAAAUAUAUUUUGUAUUUUUAUUUUAAAUAUCAAAAUUUCAACAAAUCGAACUGAAUAAUUAACGUAUUUUUAUAGGUAAUAGGCAUUUCAAGAUGUUAAAUGAUUCUUUUAUUAUUGAAAAUUACAGAGUUACUCAUGCUGAGCCGACAGCAUACUAUGUCUCGGAAUUCAUAUCACAAGAAGACGAAAAGUACAUCUUAUCAAACAUCUAUGCUUCACCAAAACCAAAAUGGACGCAACUAUCCAACAGAAGAUUACAGAAUUGGGGUGGAAUCCCUCACAAUAAAGGCAUGAUAGCUGAGGAAAUACCUCAGUGGCUGCAAAAAUACCUAAACAGUAUACAUUCCUUGAAUCUUAUGUCUGGAAAUAAGCCUAACCAUGUUCUAGUGAAUGAAUACUUACCCGGGCAAGGAAUCUUACCGCAUUUAGAUGGAUCUUUAUUCUACCCAACCAUAACUACUAUAUCUGUUGCUUCACACACAGUUCUUAAGUUUCUAGAACCUAUAUCUACUGAAAAUGCUGUGUUGAACCCUGUUUUCUCAUUCUUAUUGGAACCAAGAAGUCUAUUAGUUCUAAAAGAUAAACUAUUUGAUUAUUAUUUACAUAGUAUUGAAGAGACAAAAGAGGAUAUUCUAGAUGAUUCUAUAGUCAACUUAAACAUGUGUUCUAAUAAAUAUGUUAAGGGUGUAACAGUGCCUCGGGAAACAAGGGUUUCUUUAACAAUAAGGCAUGUGCCUAAAACUACAAGUUUUAAGAUUAAUAUUGGCAAUAAAAGAUGAUGAAUUGUAACAUUGAUUGUGACAAAUACCAUAAAUGAUAUGUGGACCUAAGGGUUCAAAUCCUGAUCAAGGAUUUUUAAAAUUUCUUUUUUUUAUUUGGGGUCACUAAAUUGAAAAAUCUCUAACAGAGAAAAUUAGCCAAAGAUUACAUGCAAAUGAUAGAAGCCUACUUGAAAUGACAGCAGGCGUAAAAAAAAAGCUAAAA